AUGUUUUGCUUACAAAUUUUUAUUGGUUCACUAAUUUUGAUAUGCAGCACAUUUUGCCAAAAUUGUGAAAGAAAUCCUAACAAUGCAUCAAUGUGUACCUUUAGUGGAAUUCAAAGAAGCAUGCAAAUGGACGAGCUAACAGAUUCUAAUCCAGAUGAGAUUAAAAGAAUCAAAUUUGUCAAUUCAUUCAUAAAUCGGAUUCCAAUUAAGUUGACAGAAAUUUAUAAAAAUUUAGUAGACUUGGAUGUGUCCAAUAGCUUAGUAUGUGUUCUUCGUGAUCAAUAUUUUAAAGGGGGUAAACUGCAGAAGCUCAAUGCAUCGGGCAAUGUUAUUAGCUAUUUAGAAUCUAAUAUCAAUAAUGUGCUUCAAAACUUAGAAGUUUUAGACUUGUCACGAAAUCGAAUACAAGUUUUGGAAGAUAAUGUGUUUUAUUACUUUACAAAAUUAAAAUAUUUGAAUCUUUCACAUAAUGAGAUAAAGAAGCUUCCAGCUAAUUUCACAAGCUAUACAGAUAAUGUGAAUGUUUUGGAUCUAGGCAACAACCAAAUAUCGUCAUUGGCUGGUGACUUUUCAUCAAAAAAUAGUAGAUCUAAUGCAGUUAACCUAAGUAACAACCUAUUAGUGUCAAUUGAUCCAAUGUCGUUCAAAAACUUGUUUCGACUCAACAUUAAUUUUAAUAAAUUGGAAAAGAUUAUUAACUUUCAAGGAACAAAUAUAAAAGAAUUACUUAUUUGUGGGAAUUCACUUCAAUUACUUAUUAUUAACAAACAACUAGUCAUUUUGGAUGUUUCAUAUAAUAAUGGAAACUCAUUGGAAAUUGAUUUCGGAAGUGAAUCAGCUCUAGAAUGUUUAAAGUUAUCAAAUCUGAAACUUUUCGAUUACACAGACAUUCUAGCCAAUAUUUCAAAAUUGAACAAUUUAAUGCAUCUGGAUUUAUCGAUGAGUAAUUUGACGACUUUUGAUUUUGACAAUAAUAUGCUUCCAAAAAGCAUAAAGGUCUUAAACCUCAUGAAUACGCAACUGAAAGUUUUAAAAAAUUUUAAAAAUAUUUUAACAGCUGCGCCAAACUUAAAAGAAAUCAUAUUAAAUGGAAAUUUUUUGAAAGACAAGGAACUUUGGGAUAUUUCGAAGAAAUUUGGAAUUAAUGUAACAGGAUUAGAAAUAACAGAUGAGACAAUUACAGAAGAAAUUAAAACAAAAACUAUUUUAUUCUCCGACCAUAAUAUCAUAAUAAUCGUUGCAGUAUCUAUGAACAUACUUCUUUUUAUCAUAAAUUUAUAUUUGACUGCCACACUACAUGCAUGA